AUGGCGACACCAUUGCAAACCAUUAGCUUGACUAUCCCUACAUUCAAUCAUAAACCAUGGGUGGAGAAAGGCAUUACCCAUGUCCUCCACCUGUACCAAGGUGGACACCUCAAAACGUUCUCACAUCUCCAAGAGCAAUAUAAUCUACCCACCAGACUCCUAUUCCCAUACCUCCAGGUAAAAUUGCUGAUGGCGAACAACUUACCUCGGAAAACUACUGCCAAUCACACAAACCCCUGUCAAAAUGUUACCGUACACUUAUGCAAAGCCAACCACUACCACAUGCAACGUAAAAAGAAGCAUGGCACAGAGAACUAG